CUGCCGGGGCCGCUAGCCAGCCCUAGCCGGCCGCGCCCCGACACGUCGCGAGGCGUAGUAAGAGUAUUUGUAGUGGCUAGCACAUGACUCGGCUGGAGCCAAUACCCAAGUACUGGGGUACUGACACUUCGCUUCUACUGUCCUUACCUUCUUCACCUUCAAUGCUGCAACCCUCGGCUCUGGAACUCUCGAGCCGAGGUCUAGGCCUACUCUAAGUCUGCCAGAGCGAGAUCUAUCAUCCCAGACCCAGUAAAGAAGUUAGACCAACUUGAUCAAACUUCUAAGUUCUAAAAAUGCAAGAUGGGCGAGGAGGACAAUGUAAAUGAUUUGGCCUAUACGCAGCGUCUUAAGGCUGCUGUACAUUUCACCACAGGACAGAUUUGUGGGGAGCUUGGGGAAGAAUUGGAUGUGACAUUCUCCAGGCAAUUAAUUUCGGCUCUUGCAGAGACAACCUUCAAACAAAUGGAAAUCUUUGCUUGUGAUCUGGAGGCCUUUGCUCAGCAUGCUAAACGGUCAACUAUUAAUUCUGAAGAUGUUAAACUUUUGACAAGGAGAAGUAAAGAUCUUAAUGCUCACAUCAGUACCCUAAGUGCAAGGCAAAUAGCAGAAAAUGAUGCAGUGAAAGAGAAAAAGAAAGGAAAGAGAGGACGAAAAGCAAAACCUGUGGUGGAAACUGAAGAUGAUCUAGAGUGAUAGACUAGACCGUCUUGUGAUCUAAAAGACAUUGGGAUACUGUGUGAAAGACACUUCUAUUACAACACUGACUAAUGUUAACAAUGAUGAAAUCUUAGAGGUGAUGUGGCUCGAUGGAUGGAUAAGUCUCCAGACUUUGAACCAUGAGGUCCAUUGUUUAUCUACAUUUGAUAAGAGUAGCCAUGCUAAAGCCAGGGUAAUAGUGUAUGCAGCGCAUGAAUACUGACUGAGCUGUAUUAAUAUUGCAUAUUAUUAAUGUUUUAAGUCUUUUUAAAGCAGAUCUAGUGUCUUUUCGAACUGCAGUUACAAUGAGCUAUCAAAUGAGACACCUCCUUACAUCUACAUGUACAUUGCGUUAGGAGAUAAAAAUCUACAGCUUUAUUUCUAUCUACCCCAGCUUUCAAUUUUGGAGCUGCUCUGUAGUCGAUAUUGACUAUGAAUAUGUCUCAUUCCAAAUACUGAAUAAACUGUGUUUAUUUACUUCAAGUUUGGUCAACAACAGGGGGCUGUUAGCCUGAUUUGUAUUUCAAUGCAAUACAAAGUAAAACAAGGUUACUUGUACUUCAUUCAAUGUGAUUACAAACAUGCAUAUAUUUGAUUCCAACCUGUAAUGAAAGUACCAUUGUUGAAGAUGUAAAGUCAAUGUGCUGGAAUCAUUGAAUUUUUGGCUUUCAGUAAAGGAGCUGCAAUGCAUAGAAAUGCAUUCCACCUUCCUUACAAACCCAUAAUUAACAUGCUUUCAAUUAAUUCAACCUAUAAAAGCUCAUGAAUUGCUAAUCACAAUGAGUACAGAUAUUAUGUUGACUGCUUGUGCAUUGAAAACAUGUCUACCGUACAUGUAAUGAGGGGGUUGCCUUGGAGUCCUCUUAGACCAAACAGAGUGCAGUAUUUGUGUUACUAGGCUGUUAAAUGUGUUUGGCUGAUGAAAAGUGUGACCUUGACCGGAUUUAAAAACCACAUCUUUGAAAUUUUAUUUUUUAAAUAAAGCAUAGAUCUUCAGCUUUAUCACAAUCUAAAAAAUCAUAAAAAAGUGUAAGAACAACUUUUUUCAGGUGAAAAUAAUUAUUUUGUAGCAUGAUUUAGAUUGAAAGUUUCACAUUCAUUUUAAAGGUUUGAAAAUUGAAAUAAUUUAUAAAAGAAUUGUACUUCUUUACAAUGAUGAAAAAACAUAAAAUUUAGGAAUUUGAAUGAGGUGCUCUGAUCUGCACCCAGCUCAUUAAAUUUGCAAAACCUUUCUAACUAUGUAUAUCUCUUGGAUGAAAGAAGCCUCUUUUCAAGGACCUGCCUACUGAGUUAUGAUACAAAAGACCUACAUGUGUGAGAAGUAUAAACUAGAAUGCAGCAAAAUGAAUUGAUCAUUGAACCAUGGGGAUGUUUCAUCUAAAUUUAUCAAGCUGCACUGAGUUUAACACUACAGUAUCUAUAACUGCAAUAUAAAAAACAAGUGGGUGUUCUCACUUUAAUAAGCCAUAAGGAAAAAAAAAAUGCUCAAACUAAUGCUGAUUUUUAACCCAUAAACAUAUAUUGUUAGCACCUAUUUGCAACAAUUCAAAUAAAAUUAUUGGAAACUGUUCAAAUUUUUGUUUGCCUUUUAGUGCUCCACAUUGAAGUCCUUUAUAAAGCUUUAUUUAACAUCAAAAGUUCCCAUACUUUUAGAUAGGGGUAUGGUUGAUAAAUUUCAACCUUAUAACCUCAUCUGGUUUCAAAUUAAGCAUGAAAACAAUCUUGGUAGAAUGAAAGAAGAAUAUCAAUCUUAUUUCAUUUGUAUGGAAGUGUAUGUAAGAGAAAGACUAUUGUGGUAUUACUAUUGUAUACCUUUCCAGUGUGUAAAUAAAUUAUUAAGGAAAUGAUUUUCAGAGUCAUGCUUCCCUUUUCAUA